GCCGCGACGAUGUGGAACGUGCCAGCGCUGCCGAUGGGCCUGACGAAGGGUGCUGGCAAGCAGGUGGUCACCAACGACGAGGUCGCGGCGAUGCUCCAGGCGCUGAAUCUGGACAAGAAGUUCUUCGAGCAGCACCUGCGCAGGGCGGAUCUGGAGCCGGCGGAGAAUCGCAGGUCAUCCAAUUCUUUCGCCGAGGAGCUCAAGGGCCAGCGCAGCCAGCGCAGCCGCGUCGGGACGUCGCAGGACUCGCCCGAGCCGGUGGAUUUUGACAUCUACCUGAACGAGGCGCUGAUGCCCGUGCUGGCUCAGUCGCUGGACGCGCUCUGCCGGCAGGUGUCCAGGAUGGGCGAUCAGGGUGAGGAUCUGGACCCAAAGGUUCGGGAGCGCUUCAAUCCGCUCACGUAUCUCGCGCAGCAGCUGCUGCGGCGUCACCCCAAGUGUGCGAGGACGCCUCGGAGGAAGGAGCUGUACCAGAGCUUUCACGACUGGGCGGACUUCGAGCACGGGCGGCGGGAGAUGAUGCGGAGGAAGCUGGAAGUGAUGGAAACCUUUUCAGGAUUCGUGCUGCGCGGGGUUGUCCAGACAGAGGAUCUCCCGAACGUCCUCAAGGCGAUCGACGAGCAGCUGAAGGUCGAGGGACUCCUCGCAGGCCACAGGGUCAUGGCCAAGGACUUCGGGGCCAAGACGAGACUGGCCGGGGCGGCUGGGGACAUGAAGGGGGCGGCCGAGAUCAGGAGCUCGCGGAUGCGCUCGAGGUCGUCGUUCUUCGAGAAGUCCAGCGCGGUGAGCUGGGAGGCGUUCUGGAGCACGUUCUCCAGCGUGCUGGCGUCCCACGACGUUGUGCCGUAUUCGGCCCUGCAGCGCGGCGACCAGCGCAAGAAGGAGGAGGCCGAGGAGCGGUCUCGCCGGGCGGAGGCGCAGGCGAAGCUGCUGGAGGCCCAGCAGGCGAAGCAGCUAGAGUAUCAGCAGCAGAUGUCCGCCUACGAGGAGCUCUACGCCCGCCUCAAGGAGGACGAGAACCUGGGUCUCAUCCUCCACGAGAGCAAGAUACUGACGGGUGAUGACGUGCGCCCCAAGGACGCCGGCUACGAGUUCGAGGUGCCCCCGAAGGGGGAGCACGUCCAGCUGCUGCAGGAGCUGCUGCAGCUCCUCGGGCUGCUGGAGCACAGGGAUGUACCCCGCGACGGGAAAGAGUGGUGGUGGACGGCCGACAAGGCCAACGCGUGGGUCUUCCUGCAGGAGGUGCACAACGCGGAGCUGGCCGACGGAGUGGUGGAGCGCGAGAUCCUCGAGAAGGUGAUGGUGCCGCCCGUGGGCUUCAUGCCGCUGAAGCUGAAGAUCGCCGACGAGCUG